ACUUAUAUUUGAAGGCAUUCUUUCUCUUCAAAAGUUAUAAAACCCAUAGCUUUUAGAAAUCUCUAAACAGAGUACUACAGAGUCUAAAGAGAAAACUCUGUCCUGUUCACAUCUAUGGCCAUGGCUUCCUAUUCUCAUUCUCAGUCCAUUGGUCUCACUCUGUUUACAUUGAUUUACCUCCUCCUUUCAACGGUGAAUCCAGUGGUGUCUCAGUGCAAAAACAGGCCGGUAAUCUUCAACUUCGGCGAUUCCAACUCGGACACGGGUGGACUGGUGGCGGGACUCGGAUUCUCAGUCAACCUUCCCAAUGGCCGUACGUUUUUCAACAGAUCAACCGGUCGGUUGUCCGAUGGACGCCUCAUCAUUGAUUUUCUCUGCCAAAGUUUGAAGACAAGCUAUUUGAUUCCAUACCUAGACUCAUUGGCAGGGAGCAAGUUCACAAAUGGGGCCAAUUUUGCAAUUGUGGGGUCCUCAACCCUCCCUAAAUAUGUACCCUUUUCUUUGAAUAUUCAGGUCAUGCAGUUCACUCAUUUCAAAGCUAGGAAUCUUGAGCUUGUUGCAGCAGGUUCAAAUAAUCUUUACUUAAUCACCGAUGAAGGGUUUAAGAAGGCGCUUUACACCAUCGAUAUUGGGCAAAAUGACAUUGCUGACUCUUUUGCUAAAAAUAUGUCCUAUCUUGAAGUUGUAAAAACCAUUCCAUCCAUAACUAUAGAAAUACAGAAUGCAAUUAAGACUCUAUAUGAUCAAGGUGGCAGGAAUUUUUGGGUACAUAACACAGGGCCAUUGGGAUGUCUUCCUCAGAAACUUUCAUUAGUUAAGAAUCAGAAAUUAGACCAACAUGGAUGCAUUUCGAUUUAUAAUGAUGCAGCGAAAAUGUUCAACGAAGAAUUGCGUCGUUUAUGUCAAAAGAUGAGAACUGAAAUGAGAGAUGCAACUAUUGUGUAUGUAGAUAUCUACUCCAUCAAGUAUGAUCUUAUUGCCAACUCUACAAAAUAUGGCUUCUCAAGUCCUCUAAUGGCAUGUUGUGGUGAUGGAGGUCCUCCUUACAAUUACAACAUCAAAGUGACGUGUGGUCAAGCCGGCCAUCAAGUCUGCGACAAAGGAACUCGGCGCAUAAAUUGGGAUGGUAUUCAUUACACAGAGGCUGCAAACUCCAUUGUUGCAUCCAAAAUACUUUCCAUGGCUUAUUCAACACCUAGGCUCAAGUUUGAUUUCUUUUGUAGUAGUUGAUUUUUAUGGUAAUAAGUCACAUUUUGUUGUAAUUGUGUAUUAUUUUGUAUUGUACUUUCUCUAAAGAGAACUAAGAGUAGAAAAUUUGGGUUCAGCUAUAAUUUAAAAA